AUGCUCAGUACCAUCUUCAUUACUCUCUGUCUUUCUCUUGUAGCAGCGAAAGCGCUGCCUGCGGAGCCAUCCACUGGUUUUAACGGUUCGUGGCCCGUAGGCGUGAAGCGCGCUCUUCCCGUCUUCGAGAUCGAUUACGAUGAUUACCCUCAAUCCGCCGAGAAUAUAUGCUACUCCUGGUAUUGUAACAAUGGACCCCGUGCUGUAGCACCGAACCGUCCUGCCGCGGACCAGAAUCGUGCCAGCAACAGUUGCGGAAACGUCGAUCCGAACCGGUGCAGCACUCGGGUUGGCCACGAUGCUGGCUAUCAGUGCGAUGAGUGGCCUUGGGCUAAUUCCAAUGCCGGAGGCGCUAAUGCCGUUACGAGAUGCAUUCCUUCUGGAGACAACGGCGGAUCCGGAGCUUCUUGGGGUAAUUUCAUUAAUAAUAAAGGUUCUCAGGCCCCAGGAUAUGUCCUACAGGAUAACGUAGAUUUUGCCGAAAUUCGUGUUGUCAAUGUACCCUUCCCGGAUGAAAAUAUAGCCCAUUUUUGCUUGGGCGAACGGGGAGUACCCAUUACUCCGGGGGCUUGCGAUCAGCUUGACCACGGCCAGCCCUAUCUGCAGCAGAUUGGCUGA